AUGCAAGAAGGGGGGUUUAUUCGUAGAAGACGUACGAGAAGUACGAAGAAAAGUGUUAAUUAUAUUGAGCUAAGCGAUGACGAUGCAGACUUGAAAAACUCGAAAACUUUGCAUCUAAAAGGUAAGAGCGAGAAUGAAGGAGACAACCCAGAUGAAGAGUACCGUGAUGAUGUUACGCUCGUGAAGUCUUCCGACCAUGAUGACAAGGAUUUCACUGUAGUAGACCUAACAGCUUCUGAUAAAGAACGGACCGCCACCGAUGACAGUAUUCAUGUGAUAAAACUCAUGGAUCGAGUUGAGAUUUCGGAUGACGACGAUGACGAACCAUUAACCAAAAAAAGGAAGACUACUGCUAAGAAGAAAAAGAAGAAAAAGUCAGACACUAGAAAGAAGGCACCGAAGAUAACUCCGUAUGAAAGAAACACUUUACGAUUAUAUGAACACCAUCCUGAACUAAAAACAGUUUUCUCUAAUCUGAGGAAUGCUCCUCCUUAUGUUGCUCAAAGAUGUGACCAACCAGAUGGUAUGACCAUCAAACUGCUACCUUUCCAAUUAGAAGGUCUUCAUUGGCUUAUAUCUCAAGAGGAAAGCAUUUAUGCGGGCGGUAUCUUGGCAGAUGAAAUGGGUAUGGGUAAGACCAUUCAAACUAUCGCGCUUUUAAUGAACGACUUGACUAAGUCACCGUCUUUAGUAGUCGCUCCUACUGUGGCGCUAAUGCAAUGGAAGAACGAAAUAGAACAGCAUACAAUGGGACAACUGAAGAUCUACAUGUACCAUGGUGCUUCUAAAACCACCAACAUCGAAGAUUUGCAGGGCUACGAUAUUGUACUGACCACAUACGCAGUGCUGGAAUCCGUGUUUAGAAAGCAGAAUUACGGAUUUAAAAGGAAAAAUGGACUUUUCAAGCAGCCUUCUGUACUGCAUAACAUCGACUUUUAUAGGGUUAUCUUGGAUGAGGCGCACAAUAUCAAAGAUAGACAAAGUAACACUGCUAGGGCUGUGAACAACUUGAAAACCCAAAAACGAUGGUGCCUUUCGGGUACUCCGCUGCAAAAUAGAAUUGGUGAAAUGUAUUCGUUGAUCAGGUUUCUGAACAUAGAUCCUUUUACAAAGUACUUUUGUACCAAAUGUGAUUGCGCUUCAAAGGUCUGGAAGUUUACAGAUCGCAUGCAUUGCGAUCACUGUAGUCACGUCGUCAUGCAGCACACUAAUUUCUUUAAUCAUUUCAUGUUGAAAAACAUCCAGAAGUUUGGUGUGGAAGGCCCUGGUCUAGAAUCUUUCAAUAAUAUUCAAACAUUGCUGAAAAGUAUCAUGUUGAGAAGAACUAAAGUGGAGAGAGCAGACGAUUUAGGUCUUCCACCCAGAAUCGUCACUGUCAGGAGAGACUUCUUUAAUGAAGAAGAAAAAGAUCUUUACCGAAGUUUAUACACUGAUUCCAAGAGGAAAUAUAAUUCUUUUGUGGAGGAAGGUGUUGUUCUUAACAACUACGCUAACAUUUUCACCCUAAUCACAAGAAUGAGACAACUGGCAGAUCAUCCUGAUUUAGUUUUGAAAAGACUGAAGAACGUUUCCGGUGAUGAUCUCGGUGUCGUGAUCUGUCAGUUGUGUAAUGAUGAAGCUGAAGAGCCGAUUGAAUCCAAAUGUCACCAUAAAUUCUGUCGUUUGUGCAUUAAAGAAUAUGUGGAGUCAUUCAUGGAAAACAACAAUAAACUUACUUGCCCUGUUUGUCAUAUUGGACUGAGUAUUGAUUUAUCUCAACCUGCUUUGGAAGUGGAUCUUGAAUCCUUUAAGAAGCAAAGUAUUGUCAGUCGACUAAAUAUGAGUGGUAAGUGGCAGUCAUCAACAAAAAUUGAAGCUCUGGUGGAAGAACUGUACAAACUAAGAAGCAACAAGAGGACAAUUAAAUCCAUUGUAUUUUCGCAGUUUACAAGUAUGCUGGAUCUGGUUGAGUGGAGAUUGAAAAGGGCUGGUUUUCAAACAGUGAAGCUUCAAGGUAGUAUGUCUCCUACGCAAAGAGAUGAAACCAUCAAGUAUUUUAUGAAUAACAUUCAAUGCGAGGUUUUCCUGGUGAGUUUGAAGGCUGGUGGUGUCGCUUUAAAUCUUUGUGAAGCUUCUCAAGUUUUUAUUUUAGAUCCAUGGUGGAAUCCUAGUGUGGAAUGGCAAAGUGGUGAUAGAGUUCAUAGAAUUGGUCAAUUUCGACCUGUUAAGAUCACGAGAUUUUGCAUUGAGGAUAGUAUAGAAGCAAGAAUCAUUGAGUUACAGGAGAAAAAGGCAAAUAUGAUCCACGCUACAAUUAACCAAGAUGAAGCUGCCAUCAGUAGACUGACGCCAGCGGAUUUACAGUUCUUGUUCAAUAAUUAA